CUGUGAUAUGCAGACAUUUGGCGUCAAAUAAUUUGAUACAGUAACAACUGUCUGAUCACCGAGAGCAGACGAAAGUGAAAACAGAAGAUGGUAGAUCAAGGCGAGCUGUGUCCUCACUUGGAUUGUAUUGGUGAGGUCACAAAGGAGGAACUCAUACAGAAGUCAAAGGGCACCUGCCAAUCAUGUGGAGUGGGUGGCCCUAACCUCUGGGCAUGUCUGCAGUGUGACUGCCCUUAUGUGGGCUGCGGAGAGUCUUAUUCUGACCACAGCACCAUACACGCUCAGGCGAAGAAGCAUCAUCUGACAGUGAAUCUGACCACAUUUCGGAUCUGGUGUUAUGUGUGUGAGAGAGAGGUGUUCCUGGAGCAGCGUCCCACCAUGCCCACGGCAGCUGCCCACCACCACUGCAAAUCCCAAGAGCAGGAGUCCUUGCUCCAGUCUUGUAGUCACCCUGUGAAAGCCGUGCCCAUAGCCGUGGCCGACGAUGAGGAGUCCGAGUCGGAAGAAGACGAGCUCAAGCCAAGAGGUCUCACAGGGAUGAAGAACAUUGGCAACUCGUGCUACAUGAACGCUGCACUGCAGGCUCUCUCCAACUGUCCGCCUCUAACCCAGUUCUUCCUGGAGUGCAGUGGGCUGGUGCGGACGGAUAAGAAGCCCGCCUUGUGCAAGAGCUACCAGAAGCUCAUCUCAGAGCUCUGGCACAAGAAACGACCUAGUUACGUUGUGCCCACCAGUCUGUCUCACGGCAUCAAGCUGGUCAACCCCAUGUUUCGCGGCUACGCACAGCAGGACACCCAGGAGUUCCUGCGCUGCCUGAUGGACCAGCUGCACGAGGAACUGAAGGAGCCGCUGAGCGACAGCGGGGCGGCCAUCAUGAGCGGCGGCGACUGUAGCCUGGAGACGGCCGACGCUGCCACAGGCCCCCGCGGGGGAGGGGGAGGGGACGGGGACCGCAGCCCCUCGGAGGACGACUUCCUGUCGUGUGACUCGGGCUCCAGCAGCGGGGAGGGGGGAGACUGCAGAGGAGGAGGAGGAGUGGGCGGGGGCGCCACCGGGGAGGCCGAGUUGCUCAUCCAGGACGAGUGUGUGGUGGGAGCGCGGGCUGCGGCGGCGGCAGCAGCGAUGGCGGCAGCGGCCGCCGCAACUAGCAGUGCCACCCAGACGGGGUCGUCUGUCGCGGGGGCGAUCUCGGAGAAGGAGAGGCUGAAGGAGAGGAGGGUGUCUGGGUCGCCGCUGCGCGGGGCGUCUCAGGACAUGGACGAGGACGCGGACGUGGACACGGCGGCACCUCCAGACGGGGACAGAGGGGAAGACAGAGAGUCUGAAGAAGCAGUGACGCCCAGCGACAACACUCAAAACCAGACACCGGCAAAUAAUAACACGACAGAGCCUGAUAACGAGGCGUCGUGUCACCAUCCCCCGUCUCGGCCGUGCAGCCCCGUGCCCCCAGUGCAGGAGCUCCACCCCAAGCUCUCCAGCAGCCCGCCCAGGUCCAGCCCUCUCCGCUCCGCCGGACCCACAUACUCCUUCAAGAAAGCUCAGGUCAUCAUGGGCCCCAGGAAGAAGAAGCAGUCGCGCUACCGCAGCGUCAUCUCCGACAUCUUCGACGGCUCCAUCCUGAGUCUGGUUCAGUGUUUGACGUGCGACAGGGUCAGUUUUCCCCUGUCCUCCCAGGUGUCCACCACGGUGGAGACGUUUCAGGACUUGUCUUUGCCAAUCCCCGGGAAAGAGGACCUGGCCAAGCUGCACUCGUCCAUUCACCAGAACGCCCCGGCCAAGACAGGCGUCUGCACAGACAGCUACGCCGCACAGGGCUGGAUAUCCUACAUCAUGGACUCUAUACGCAAGUUUGUGGUGUCCUGCAUCCCCAACUGGUUUUGGGGACCCAUGGUGACCCUGGAGGACUGCCUGGCCGCCUUCUUUGCUGCAGACGAACUCAAAGGUGACAACAUGUACAGCUGUGAGAGAUGCAAAAAGUUAAGGAACGGAAUAAAAUACUGCAAAGUACUCAGAUUACCUGAGAUCCUGUGUAUCCACCUGAAGCGCUUCAGGCACGAGGUCAUGUACUCCUUCAAGAUAAACAGCCACGUGGCCUUUCCUCUGGAGGGCCUCGACCUGCGACCUUUUCUGGCCAAGGAGAGCCCUUCGCAGAUCACCACCUACGACCUCCUGUCUGUUAUCUGUCACCACGGCACCGCAGGAAGUGGCCACUACAUAGCCUACUGCCAGAACGUCAUCAAUGGGAAGUGGUACGAGUUCGACGACCAGUAUGUGACGGAGGUGCACGAAACGGUGGUGCAAAACGCAGAGGCCUAUGUGCUCUUCUACAGGAAGAGCAGUGAGGAGUCUGUGCGUGAGCGUCAGAAGGUGGUGGCUCUGGCCAGCCUGAAGGAGCCCAGCCUGCUGCAGUUCUACAUCUCCCGCGAGUGGCUCAACAAGUUCAACACCUUCACAGAGCCCGGACCCAUCAGCAACCACACCUUCCUCUGCCAGCAUGGAGGAAUUCCUCCCACAAAGUAUCACUACAUUGACGACCUGGUGGUGAUCCUGCCACAGAAUGUAUGGGAGUACCUCUACAACAGCUUUGGUGGUGGGCCUGCCGUGAACCACUUGUACAUGUGUACAAUCUGUCAAGUGGAGAUCGAGGCUCUUGCCAAACGCAGGAAGAUGGAGAUCGACACUUUUAUCAAGCUAAAUAAAGAGUUCCAGGCGGAGGAAGCCCCAACGGUGAUUCUGUGCAUCAGCAUGCAGUGGUUCAGAGAGUGGGAGAGCUUCGUCAAGGGGAAAGAUAACGAGCCCCCAGGCCCAAUAGACAACAGCAAGAUUGCCGUGAUGAAGGGAGGACACCUUCAGCUGAAACAAGGAGCGGACUACGGCCAGAUCUCUGAGGAGACGUGGCAGUACCUGCUGGGCCUCUACAGCGGGGGGCCUGAGAUUGCCGUCAGACAGGCCGUCAUCCCCCCGGAGCCAGAGGGACACGGAGAACGCAAGAUAGAGGCAGAGACCAGGGCCCUAUGAACCAGCGCGCCAAGGCAUGUGGCCCUGCUAGACCACCUGACAUCACCAUCACCAUCACAGUCUCCACCUCAACCCUCCAGCCACACGCCCCCCCGUCACUGAACUGCUCCCUCCCCUGCAUCACUGGUGCACUGGCUGAGGGUAACUCUUUGACGUGUGCAACAGGAGCCACAAGCCAACGUGCUAGCUAAACUACUCCUAGCUUAGACGACAAACAUGUUGUUAUAUAGACCAAUGCGUGUAAGAUAAUGACACUUUUGAUACUCACACGGCCACACGGAGAGAGGGAUUAUCUAUUAUUACCAGUGGUGAGAAACUUUCGCACACCGCAAGGAACUUGCUGAAAGGAGCUCGUUGGAAAAGGAAAAUGUAUAAAGGCAAAGAGACACUUAAAUGUGCACAACUCAUCAUCCACACAACACAACACACUUUCUUUCUCUCAUACACACACAAACACAAAAACACACACACAAAGACUUCUCCAGGUGUUGGAAGUUGGAGUCCUCUAGAGCGCUGGUGUCCUGUGCUAAGGCCCAGAUGGAGGGGGUCGAUGAUGUCAUGGAUACAGCUGCUGCCUGUCAACUCUGCUCUUCUCUUCUAUUCUGUUGGUCUGGCUUCUGUCUCCCCUGCCCAUUGCCCCCCCUCCCUCCUCUUCUCAUCUGCAGUAAAGCAUGUCUGUCUGUCUAAACACCAAGCCCAAGCCUAAUGGGAGGAGCACCUCGUCUGUCCCGUUUGUUUUAGCCUGGCAAUGCACAAGGCUUUCAGCCUUCAGUGAAAUGGCAACUGGCAGACGAAGGGUGUUUUUAUUUAUUGAAGCAAAGCCAUGCCGAGAUUCCGUUGUCUGACCCACUCCAUUCACUGGCAUGUUGUCGGUGUUUGGAGUGAAGAGGUUGGGAUAGAUAGGGUAGGUACAGUAGGACUUGAUCGUGUGACUUCCUUUUUCAACGGAAUAUGAAAUAGAGCAAGAGGUUGAUUCAGUUUGGAGUUUUAACAGGAUGUUGUGCAAGGCCAAGAUAUCACAACAGUGAUAUGAAGACAGUGUGUGUCACGGGCCAAGCUUGGCCUGUGUGUAGAGCAUACUUUUAAUAUGAAAAGGAGAUCCAAAGGAUCCGUCAUCAGAUUUGAAUGAAAAAAAAAACAAUCAUCUCGGUUCUAAACGGAUGUUGUGCAAGAAGAGUAGUCGUCUUAGGUGGUGUAUGCGUAUGGGUACCGUAGAGGGUACAACACUGCAUUUCCCGGGUUCUGUUAAAGUAUUAAUUUUCCUGGAAAACGCAGAGCAGGUUCAGACCGGUAUAGGGGGUGACUCGGGUGUACUUGGUUGAUUGACUCUCUCUCUCUCUCUCUCUCUCUCUCUCUCUCUCUCUCUCUCUCUCUCUCUCUCUCUCUCUCUCACCCUCUCUCUCGCCCCAACCCACCAGCCCCCAACCCAACUGUCCUCCAGGCUCCAGUCUCAACCAAACUACCAAUCUGAAAUCCUCACUCCCUCACCAAUGACCUUCAGUGCCGUGGUGUGCUGCCUACCUGGAGUAUUGUUUAGUUCACCAAAGAAAAAAAAGGUUCCAACAUCUGGUAUCAAUUUCCAAGCUGCCCUUAUUGGUUCUUUCUUUGUUUUUUUUUUUAUGUUUCAAUCACACACAAAAAAAGCUGGGCACGUGCAAUUUUUGGUUGGUAUGUUACAAUGUGUAUGACUGACAAAGAGAGUGGCACUAAAUAAAUAGUUAUUUAAGACUUUAGAUUGAGCUUUGUUGAAAUUAACUGUGUGUACCUCUAUCUGUGAACUGGGUUUACACAUGGCACAGCUGUUACAUUUCGAGUUCAUGUCAAGACUUGACCUAGUGAUGAAUAAUAAAUAUUGUAUAAAAAUGUAAUUGGUUGGAGUCCAGAUGAUAACAGUUUUAAUGCUGGCUUAUUGCAGUCGAGGUUGCUUUUUUGAGUGUCUGUUAUUGUCUGUUUAACUGUAUUGAAAUUGAGAGUGAAUAAAGCCUGUUCUUUCAUCUGUCUUAA